CUUGUAUUAUGAACAUGUGUGUGCGUGAUUACGUUUCGAAUUUGAAUUUCAGAAUGCAAUCGUUAUUUUCCGUUCACAUUAUAAUGUCUAUCACUCUCUUUGAAGAGAACCAAGAAUGUAUUUUGCCGAGGGCCAUUCUUGGUCAAGCGGUGGACCCCGGAGAAGGAAUUCGAGUAGACACUGGAAAUUAUGGAUCAUCUUCUAUUAAUUUCGGAUCAGGAGGAACGUCUUCAACUAGUUUUGGAGCUGGACCAGCAGUUAAUUAUGGAGGGGGCAGCAGAUCUACAGCAUAUAGGGGAACAACAUCGUCACGUGCCUCUUUGGUAGGAUUUGGACAAAAUGAAGCACCACAACCGUAUAACUUUAACUAUCAAUCAGCUGACGAACAAGGCAACACACGUUACCACAGAGCAGAAGCAGAUGCAAGCGGCACAGUGAGGGGAUCUUAUGGCUAUACCGAUUUUCAAGGUCUGUACCGAGUGGUCGAUUAUAUAGCUGACGUCAAUGGCUAUCGAGCCAGCAUCAGGUCAAAUGAACCAGGCACCGAUGGCAAAGAAAGCCCUGCAGACGUUCAGAUGAUCGUUGAACAACCUCCCUUUGGUAUUCAAGAUAGAUACAAUCCAUUUGCAGGAGCAGGUGCUGGUGCAGGCGGGAUUGGACCCGCUGUUGGAGGUACCUACGAGAGUGGAAUGAAACCGAAAGAGAGAGAAGAAAGUGAUGAAUAUGAAGAAGAUAAAGACAAUAAAUCAUAACCGUUCUAUGAAAUUAGAGAUUUUAAAGUCAGAUACUUCAUCGCAAUUGUGAAAUACGAAGACGCCUGUUGUUCAUGUAUAAUUAAAAUCAUAAUUUUUGGGAAAAGUUAAAAAAAAAAUUACAUUUUGUAAGAAAAUUUUGAGUGGAUGCGAUAAAUACCAUUUUUCUAAUUCAUACACCAAAUAUUUUCUUUCAAGAAGAAAAUGAAUUACAUUUUAUAAAUUUUAAUAGUUCAUUAAAAAUUUUAAAUUGCUUUAAAACUUAGUGCUUUAAAAAUUUCAUAAUACAUAUGUAUUCAUAUUUUAUUUUCAAAAAAAUUUGCUUAUCGUUUCAAAAUUUAACCGUUAUUUAAAUAUAUGCAAAUAAUUUAUUUAUUCAAUUAAAAAUGGUUAGAGUUGCGACGCAUAAAAGGAUUUAGAUAAAAUAAAUGUUUAUUUCUUUGUCAUUGCAUAUGUUUCAGCAUCUGUUUCACAGUAUUUCUUGAAUUAUGAUUUGUAUGUUCCAAAUGACUGUAGCAGGAAUAAAAAGUACUGUAUAGUUUUUAUUUUACAUCAUCAUAUUCUGUAUUACCAUUAAUUUUUUUCUUUCUAAAU